GUCUCUUCCUCGCCGCGACGUCCUCUGGGGCAUGUAGUGCGUGUCUCUGGCCGCGCACGCUGCGCUCUCCCGGCGUUUUUCCUGGUUUGGACGGACACCCGCAGAGGAAAGAAGCUGCAUAUUGGAAUGGAUUUGGAGUCAUCAUAAUGGAAACAAAAAACAUGAAGGAAAAACAGUUAUUUUUAUACCACCGUAUUAUUGCACAUGGCUGCUAGUCGCAGAAAGUUUUCUUUACCUAAGAAAAUUAUGAUGUAAAUGAAAAGAUACUUUUCCCCUCUAAACUCAUUGUUUCCAGUAUGCUUCGCCUACGAGCUAUUUGUCCAUUCUCUUGGAGGGUGUUUCAUUUUCGACUCUUGAGUUCUGAACCAUUAAUUAGCCAGAUGAAUAAGUGUACAGAUGAAGAGCAAAUAUUUGAUCUUAUUGAAAAAAACAAAGCCAUACUUUCUGAAAAGCAAGUGGGAUGUGCCUUCAGUAUACUUUGGCAGUUUCAAAAGCAGACUGUCAGCUUGUCAAAAAAUGUAAAACGUAUCAGAGACCAUCCCCAGUUUCUUACUCUUCGUAAUUUAACUACAGCUAAAAUGGAAUUCAUGAAUGAUGAUACCCUGGUUAAUGUGUUGUACAUCACACAACAGUUUGGUGUUGAGGUCCAUGACCCACUAGUUGAAGCACUAGUUACAGAAGCAUGGAGAAGACUGGAAAGGUUUGAUAUUAAUGUGCUAUCAAAAUUUUCCUCUUGCCUGGCAAAUCAACAUUUAUAUUUUAGUCCAUUAAUGGGAGAAAUAGCUGAUAUUGUAAAUAGGAACUUGGAAACCAUACAGGACUUAAGGUCCUUGUCUGUUUUGAUGGUCAGCAUAUCUUCUUUAAUAUCACAGCAUUUUCAAGAACAAUUAGUGAACAAAACAGAACUUCUUUUUGACACCAUAGAUUCUUCCCAGGUCAACAUUGCAAGAAGAAUAGUACAGUUUCUUCGAAAUAUUAAAUAUAGUUAUUACCCAUUAUUAGAAAGGUGCAAUAAAGUAUUUUUAAGCAAUGUGAACCACCUUGAUUUGGACUCCAUCAGUAAAAUACUUAGUCUAUACCACUCUCUACAAUUUCAUAGUUUCGAAUUUAUUUUAAUGGCUAAAAAGAGACUAACAGAAAUGAUUCCUCUGUUUAAUCACCCUGCUAGCUUUGCAAAGUUGUUUGUAGCAUUGGGACCCAUGGCAGGACCUGAAGAAAAGAAACAACUUAAGUCCACGAUAUUAUUGAUGUCAGAGGAGCUGACUAGUCAGCAAGUCCUGGCAGUGAUGGGAGCAAUGGAGGAGAUGGAAAGCAGAAAUUCCUGUCUGAUUAAAAAAAUUGCAUCAAUUCUGCAUAAACAUUUGGACAACUAUAAACCAGUAGAGUUAUUGAAGAUAACUCAAGCAUUGAUUUUUCUACGUUUUCAAAGUAAGGAGCUUUUUGCGAAACUCAGAGAAGUAUUGCUUAGUUAUUUGAAAGUCAGUGUCAUGCCUACUGAGAUUUCCAUCCUGGUCUGUGCUCUUUCCAUGCUUCCUUCUCCUCACCUAGACGAAGCAAGGAUAUCUCAGAUUGAAGCAGUCUUACCACAGUGUGACUUAAAUGAACUGAAUGGUUUUGCCACAUAUGUUUUAAGAUGUGUUCAGUAUGAUCACUUGUAUCUGGAUAAUACUACUGGGAAACAGUUGAAACUACUUCAAAAAUUAGAUCACUAUGGUCAUCAGAGACUACAAAAAUGCAACAGUUUGAAUCUGUUAUGGGAAGAACUUAAAUCUUUAAAAGGAGACUGGUUUCCUGAUACACUUCUUGAAGAGACAGUUGCUACGUUACAGCGUUUGAUGGAUGAAAUUAAUUACAUAAAUGUCGCAGGAAUUGCAUCUUUUAUUUCUAGAACUAACUACCUCAGUACUUCACUACUUGAUAGGAUAGCCUCAGUGGUCGUUCAGCAAAUUGAGAAGAUCCAUCCUUUUGCAAUCCUUGCUGUAAUUCUUCCAUUCAGCAUCUUGAACUAUGAUCCACCUCAAAAGGAUGAAUUUUUUGGCACUUGCAUUCAACACCUUAAUUCUUACUUAAGUAUAUUGGAUCCUCUCAUGUUAGUGUUUCUUGGUUUCUCUCUGGCCACACUUGAAUAUUUUCCAGAAGAUCUACAAAAGGCAAUUUUUAACAUCAAAUUCUUAGCCAAAUUAGAUUCUCAACUUGAAUUGUUACGUUCAUCUUUAAAUCUGAGAGUCCAAUUUCGUCUUAUGGAAUUAAAUAGAGCAGUCUGCUUGGAAUGUCCUGAAUAUCAGAUUCCAUGGUUUCACGACCGAUUCUGUCAACAACAGUAUAAUAAAGAUACUGGCAGCAUGAAUGGAGCACAGCAGCAGAUUUAUCAAAUGUUAGCGGAGAUACUAGGAGGAAUCAAUUUUGUGAAAGCCUCGGUUCUUACACCUUAUUAUUACACGAUUGAUUUUGAGUGUAUCUUGGAUAAAAGAAAAAAACCUCUUCCAUAUGGAAGCCAUAAUAUAACUUUGGAAAAACUUCCAAAAAUGUACUUGGAAUCAAAUACUCAAAUAACUGGAUCAAGACUGCCACCAGGAGCUGAAAAGAUUGCUUUGGAAUUUUUGGAUUCGAGAGCAUUUUGUAGAAACAUCCCUCAUUUAAAAGGAAAAUCUGCUAUGAAAAAACGACAUUUGGAAAUUUUGGGGUAUCGUGUAAUUCAGAUCCCUCAUUUUGAAUGGAAUUCUAUGGCACGGUCAACAAAGGAUGCUCGGAUGGACUACCUGAGAGAACAGAUAUUUGGAGAAGGCAAAUCAUGAUAGUAGUUUUUAUUUAGAAUUAGUUAUCAUGGUGUGUCAUAUUUGAACUUAUUUUAAUUAAGUGGCUUGACUCAAACACUAAUAGUGUAGAAUUGACUGAUUUCAGGGUCAAUUGAAUAGCUUAUAAACACAUUUUACAAUGGAAUACUUUCCCUACUAUCUGGUUGGGAAAUUGUUUUAAAAUUCUUGUUUUAAAAUUCUUAACAUAAAACACAUGUAGCUUUUAAGAAACUUAACUUGUUUACAGUUCAUUCUUUGAGUGCAUACUAUGUGCCAGGAACUGUUUUAGAUGAGGGAUGCUGCAGUGAGUACAAUGUAUCUUUCAUGGGUUGAGUCAAACAAAAUAAAUGAAUAAAAUUCAUUAUACCUUAGAUGAUAUUAAAUGCUACGGAGAAGAAUUUGGACCGAGGUGGGGGGGCAAUAAGAAUAUUGUGGGUAGGUGUCAUUCACAUAGAGCAAUCUGGGAAAGGCUCACUGAGGGGAUGUUUGAGUAAAGACUUAAGGAGCUAUCUACGGGUAGAGUACUCUAGGCAGAAAGACCAGUAGCUGCAAAGAUCCAGAGGUGGAAAUAUUCCUGGCAUGUUUGAAAAUAGCAAGGAAUGCAUUGUGGCUGGAGCAGAACAAGUAGGAGGUGGGGGUUGGAAGUAUAUUAAAAGAUAACAGUGUCAAAUAUACAUUACCUGAUGACUACCCUGAGUGAGAUGAGAGGCUACUGGGAGUUUCUAGCAAAGAAAUAAGAACUCAUAUUUGAACCUGAUCACUUUUGCUACUCUGUUGAGAUGAUGAGAAAAGACUAUAGUGGGGCAAGUGUAUAGGCAGGGAAACCUGUUAAAAGUUCUUUGCAAUAAUCCAGACAAGAAAUGGAUGGUGGCUCGGAGAGAGUAGUAGCAGUGGAGGUAAAAAGAAGUGGUCAAAUUUUUUAAUGCAUUUUGAAGGCAGAGGCAACAGCAUUUGAUAGCUGAUUGGAUAAUGUGGUAUGAGAGAGAGGAGUCAAAGAUAAUUCUGUUUUUGUCCUGAGGAACUAAAAAGGUGUCACUGCCAAUGACUGAGAUGGGGAAGUCUAUGGAAAGAGGAAAGUGGGCCAUGGGAGGAGGUCAUGAGUUUGGUUUUAGACAUGUUGAAUUUUUGAUGCCUUUUAAAUAUCCAAGUGGAGAUAUCAAAUGGACAAUUCAGUAAAUGAGUCUGGAGGUCAUGGGAGAGGUCCAGGCCUCAGAUAUAAAUUUGUAAAUUGACAGAAGUAUUUCAUGCGAUGAUAGUUGAUGAAAUCCCUAAGAGAGGGUGAAUGGAGGAGAGGUCAGGUGUGAAGACGGAGGUUCAGGCACCCCAUCUUGAGGUCAACAAGUAGAACCAGAAAAGGAAACUGGGCAGGGGUGGCCCAGGGGAGAUCUGGGCAGGAGGUAGAAGGAAUAAUCGUAAGGAGUAAUAUACUUCCUAGAAACCAGGUAGAGAAAGCAUUUCAAAGAAGAAGGGGUAAAAAGUAUGGUAGAGAAAAUACAGCUGUAUGAACACUCAUAUUCUUUAUGCAGUUGCUUGACACGUAACAAUGGAAUACUCCAAAUUAGUUCCAAGUCAAGCUUCUCAGAAAAUAACAUAUAUAAGGAUGGCAGUCAAACAUGUCUAUGAAAGCACGUGUGUUUAGUGAUACUGAGUGAUAAUUAGUUGAUGACUUGCAGAGAGUUGAUUGUGAUGGUUUUGGACAGACUGAGGCGUCAACUUGCUGUGUACACUAAGAACAAACAGCUUGAAUGUAGGGUUUCACAUCCCAGAAAAUGGAGUAACAGUCACCUUUCUUUCUAUCAGAAAUUUGCUGACAGGUAGGUCUUUCAUUGAAAGAAUAGAUAAAAGUUAAACCAAUGAAUAUACACCCUCCUCCAUAUCACCCACUGGCCCCAAAUUCUGCCCCAGCAGUGGAAGAAUCAAUCCAUUUCCUAAGGACACCUCCCAAUACUAUUACCACAGAAACUGCAGUUAAUAAAUUGAAGAAUGUGAUUUAUUGGCUUUAUAUUUUUAAAGUUUUCAAUUUGAUUUAAAUGACAAACAAUAUACUAGUGUCGCAAAAAGAAUGGAGGAAAAAAGACAACUUGAAUUUGACUUUUUACUUAGAGACUUUUCCCCUUCAAAUGAUACCCAUUUAUUAUAUUCCUCAAAUAGCAUUUCCAAAGUUUUCUCACGACGUAUAAUCUUUAAUGCACAGAAUUCUUGUCAUAUCUUGAAACACAGGGAAAGAUUUUUGCUAUUUUAAACAUUUUUAAAAAUGUAGAUGUACAUGUUUCAUUCUCCAAUUUCAUUUGUAAUAGAAAAUGAGUGUAAAGAUAUCUUAGCAAUGGAAAUGAAAGGAUUAGAAAAUAAUUCAGAUUUAGGAAGCUCCUUUACAGUUGAUUGAGACUGAUUAACAAAAGAAAUAAUCUGUUCAAUUUAAUAUUUAAUUUCUUAAUAGAAAGUGGUUUUAGGCUCUGAUCAUUACAUUGAAGAUUCAAUGACUUUGAUUGAGGUUUUGAUGCCCACUGCUAAUCUCUUGGACAGUAACACAGUGAAUAAUUUCUACGUGAAUCUCUGUAUAGGCUUUUU